UCCCUAUCCUUCAGUUUAGGCGGGCGCGGCGUCACUUCGGUUUUGCCGCCUUUCUCUCUCUCUUGUUUUUUUUCGUUUAUUGCCUCCCUGAAUCUGAUCAAGACAAGCGUAAUGGCGAAUCAGCCGGUGCUUUGAAUUCUCGAAGACCUAGCUCAGAAACCAAACUUUGAUUGAGCUUUGAUUGCACAAAAUCUUUAGUUUCCUUUUCGAAUAAACCUAACCGAACCCAAAAAAAAAAAAAGAGAAUUAGUAUAAAUCAAGAAAAACCAGCAAAAUGAAGAUGGCCAUGGCUGGUCUGUAUAAACGAGUCCUUCCUUCUCCUCCUGCCGUCGAUUUCGCUUCCUCCGAUGGAAAGCAACUUUUCAUUGAAGCAAUUCAAAAUGGGACGAUGGAAGGAUUUUAUAGGUUGAUAUCUUACUUUCAGACACAGUCAGAGCCGGCUUACUGUGGACUUGCCAGCCUUUCCAUGGUCUUGAAUGCCCUAGCUAUUGACCCUGGAAGAAAAUGGAAAGGACCUUGGAGAUGGUUUGAUGAAUCUAUGCUUGACUGUUGUGAGCCUUUGGAAAAGGUUAAAGAGAAAGGGAUAUCAUUUGGGAAGCUUGUAUGUUUGGCUUAUUGUGCUGGAGCAAAAGUUGAAGCUUUCCACUCGAAUCAAAAAACCUUGGAUGAUUUCCGUAACUUUGUUGUGAGAUGUUCCACUUCUGAUGAUUGUCAUAUGAUUUCAUCAUAUCAUAGGGCAACUUUUAAACAGACAGGCACUGGUCAUUUUUCUCCUAUUGGUGGUUAUCAUGCUGGAAGGGACAUGGCCCUGAUUUUAGAUGUUGCUCGUUUCAAGUAUCCUCCUCAUUGGGUUCCUCUGACACUUCUUUGGGAAGCCAUGGACAACGUUGAUGAAGCAACAGGGCAACUUAGAGGGUUCAUGCUUAUUUCCAGACCUCAUAGAGAUCCUGGAUUGCUUUACACUCUGAGCUGUAAGCAUGAAAGUUGGGUCAGAGUUGCAAAGUAUUUAAUGGAUGAUAUUUCUAAUCUUAUGAAGUCAGAGGAUUUGAAAGACGUACAUAAAGUUCUCUCAGCUGUUUUCUCAUCACUCCCAUCAAAUUUUGGAGAGUUCAUCAAGUGGAUUGCAGAAGUUAGGAGAAGAGAGGAUGGUGGUCAAAAUCUUAGCCAAGAGGAGAAAGGAAGGCUUGCUCUAAAGGAAGAGGUGUUGAAACAAGUACAGGAAACUGGCCUUUUUAAGCAUGUUGCAUCAUUUUUAUCAUCAGUGAAUUCCUGUUGCAGAAACAUACUGGCUUUAAGUCAUGAAAAUAAUCUGCCUGACAUUGCUGCAGGAGUUUGUUGUCAAGGGGCGGAACUUUUGGCUGGGAAGUUUGGUUCCUCAGAGAGUUAUUGCUGUCGGGAAACUUGUGUUACUACCUUGAAGGCUAAUGGUGACAAGCCUAUUACCUUGGUGUCUGGGACAGUGGUAAAUGGUAGCUCUGAGCAGGGGGUUGAUGUGCUGGUUCCUUCAGGCCCUAAAAAACUGAAUUGUUGUGGCUCUAGUGCAACUUGUUGCAUUGGGAUGUACCCAGCUGGCAAUGAUGUUCUAACAGCUCUGCUGCUGGCCUUGCCUCCAGAGACAUGGUCUGGUAUCAAAGAUGAGAAGCUUUUGCAUGAAAUAAAUUCCCUUGUCUCGACUAAGAAUCUUCCCACUUUGCUUCAGGAAGAGGUAUUGCACCUACGACGGCAGCUCCAUCUUCUCAAGAAGUGCCAAGAGAAUAAGGUAGAUGAGGAUCUAGGUGCACCUUUAUGCUAGCCUAUUACACCAUCAUCCCUUCCCGCUUCCUUGUCCUUUUUAUUCUCAUUUUUCUCCAUAGCUUAUAUUGCUAACAAAGAGUAAAUAAUCCCCUUGUUCCAAGAAUGAGAAAAGCUAGAAAAACCAUAGAAAUUAGUCGGCCUUCUUUUACAGGGGAAAGCAAGCAAGCGCGAGUGUGCAGCCCUUCAGCUGUAUCUUUACUAAGAGGCAAUGGGAGUUUCUAGGGAUCGAUACCUGGUGGCAAAGUGGAAAGAAAUGUCAUUCACGGGUAGUAAUCUCUCCUGGUGAGGAGUGGUGGAUCAUCUCCUGGAAACGAGAUUUCAGUUUGAAACAGCAUCAGUUGUUGUGCUAACUUGUUCGUAGAAAACUUUUAAUCACAGUAAGUGCACUGGGAAGUGGAUCAUUUGAUGUUUUAGGAGUGCUAUGGAUGCUGCAAACAUGUGCAUUGUUAUUUGAUUAAAAGCAAUUUUUCUUCCAA